UUGUUUUUCCGUCGGGUUAGCGGUUGGAACGGGGGAACGUUACGAGAAUGAUUUGACUUAUACACGGAUUUUUCCUAUCAAUAUUUGCUUCGUGCGGAUGUUUUUUCAGUCCAUUCGUCAAUGUCCUAUCUGCAAGCAGCAAAGCGGGCUCACCAAGGGAUAAGUAACCCGCCUUCGCGCAGAUGAAACAUUACGAGUUUCUAGCUACACAUGGAUAUCCGUGUAGCGCAGUCUGCAAAAGCAUGAUAUACUCUACCGAUUGCCGAAUACUUUUAUGAUAGUAGUCGACAUGGCACAUGAUUUCGAUUCGUUUGUGAGGGAAUAUUAUUGGGUGAGUUAUUCGCUUCCGAGAUGCACCUUACGAACGCUUUUCUGCAAUGCUUCGCAGCAUUUGUCUGCACGAGCUAGGAGCGGUUGGAUUGAAGGAAAUGCCGAACAGUACGAAACGAAUGUUUCACAACCGUGUCCACAAGACUACGUUGGAAUUGCCAACGUUCCCUCGGCACUGCAACUUCAGCACUGCCUUAGUGCGCACCGCAAGUUUUGCACACACCGUACGAGGAUACACAUUUGCACGUGAGACGCCGGGCACUGUGGUGCGAUGACUUGGAGCUAUGAAUUCAGCCGUUAAACCUGAUUCCGCCCGAUUGUUCCCUCCCGAAUCAGUUUCGGACCAAUUCAGAUAGUUCUAUUGGCUGUCUUUGCACUUCUGGCACUUGUGGCUGUCAUGGUAUGGGCAAUAUUAAGAUGCAGGUACCCUCGCUACGAGUACGCUGCCCUGGACGACGAAAGCAGCUUUCUGUCGGACCGCAUGGAACUAAGCCGCAAGUUUCAUGGAGACAUUGAUAGAAAUGAAGCCCUCGUAAAUUGUCAAUACUACCUCAGGGGCUCAACAAGGUACUUCUUGAGGUACCAACUCAACAACAUAGGAAGCCGUAUGGACCGUCACUGGUUUGUAGUUCGAGACAACAUUACUAGAACAGAGCGCCUGCUAACUGUGACGGCUCUUCCGGAAGCGUGUCCUGUCCGCCACGGUUCAUGCCACACGCGACCGAGCCUUCAGGAAAUUUUCCUGGGGCUGCAGCAUCCAUACGUGCAUCCUGUGCUCGAUAUCGACAUCAAAGUGCUUGCCGAACGACCACACGUGGUCGUGAUUUCACCUCUCAAUUCCAGCGGCUCGCUCAAAGAUCUCAUCUAUCAUAGCAAAUAUAAUGAAGACUGGCAGGAGAAAUAUCGACCCAACGGACUCGGACUUCCCAAGGACCAGAUCCAGCGCCUGUCGAAGCAGAUCAUGGAAGGGAUGCUUUUUCUUCAUCGCAAAGAUUUUCCAGCCUUCUACAACCUUCACCUUGGGAACAUUAUUUUACAAAAUGGAGUAGCAAGAUUAACCGGCGUCGAAAAUGCUCUGUUGGGCUACAUACCACGCAUCGCAUCUUUUGUUAAAAAGAAAAUUUGGGACAACAGAGAAAUUGUAGAUGCUGUCUGCUUUGGUCAUGCACUUUUUGAAAUGACCGCAGGAUACGAACUUUCAACGAUGAAACCAACCGACAAAAAUUAUCUGGACGUGGAACAUUGUGCAGAGGUCUAUCAGGUUUUACGGUUUAUCUUCGAAGGAAGAUUCCCAUCUCUGACGGAAGUGGCAAGCCUCGAUUUCUUCCGCAACAUUGACCUGCGAGAAAUGAGGUCUCAAUAUGUUCCUCCAGUCUUGCAAAUACCCUUGAGCUCUGCAGCAAGGCAUCUGCUGAGAGAUGUGCAAAAAUUUUACAGGAACAAAGGGAAAAGAAGACCAUGUGGCAGCAUAUCCUCAUCAUAUAGCAGUCAGGAGUCCCUGGACAGCAGGUGCUCUUCCAGGCAGCAACUCAAAAAACGUGCUAACUCUCAACAUCAGUGUGGAAUCGUCCUGAAAAAGCCGUGUCCUCCCCCGUCGUCUGCUCAGCUACUAUCGCUCGAUGCAGACGACUCUGAAAGCAACCGUGAAUGUCGCUCAGCCGCUCCAAAGGCAACUAUGGGUCCUCCAGGGUCACCCGUUGUGCAUCCGAAUUCAACUCCGUCGACCCAAGCGGACGCAUCCUCGGACCCAGACCUACCUCCACCAGCUGUCCCACCCCGACCAAUCACGGCGCUCGCUUUGGACAGCCACGCUCCACCAAACGACCAGCAGGCACACAAUCCCGAGACGUCCUCUCAACAAUCCAACCCUGCAACUACAAUUGCAGAUGCAUCGACUACCACAUCCAAUAAGGAUCUUCCAAGUGUUGAGCGAGACAACAGUGCUUGUUCAGAACCUCUGCCAGAACCUGCUGGUGACAGUACAAGAACAAGACCACCGUUUCAGCGGUCGAGCACGUUAGGAACCUCGCCCGGAACACCACCUCCGAUGUCUCACUGGGUCCAGUCGCAGUCGAGCAUCAGCACGGGAACGUCAUACGAGUAUACAACCCCACCUUCCAGUCCUCUUUGCGACGUGGUGGAGUUCAAACCCAGUUUUCCAGUAGUUCGAGAAACUUCGGAAAGUUAUUUCGGCCAGGGAACACCUGUGGCCGAACAGCCUGGUGAGUGCAGUUUGCACACUGAGGCAUUGUAAGAGCAUCUGAUGCAGCUCAUUGAAGUCGUAGUAUAGUACCUAGUGUUUUGAGGCAGUGCUGACUACAGAAACUAAGAGACUAUAUAGUGACCAAUAAUCGAAAAUGGUUUGAGCCUACAAACCAGCCCACAGUGCCAUCCAAGCGCUGCUCCUGAAAGUGAGAAAAGUUUCCAAACUUCUUUCCGUCCAUUGCUGAAUAACUCAGGCUACAAUGUUUCAGUUCAGACGCACAGUUUACUCACACAUAGGAUAGUCUUCGCAAUGCAUUCCUCAAUCAACUCCCACAACUGUGCCUGCUGCCUUAUUAUGAGGCAUUAGCUUUUGACUCAGCUGUCCAGCGCUGGUACAGCGACGUUUCAGUACUUAUGAACUAGCUUUUGACUUGUUUGGUACGUUAGCUGAAAUUCAUCACUUUAUCUCCCUUCUGCUGUACACUACAUGAGCAUUUCUUGCCUUAUAUCUGCUCGCUAGCUCCUGUGCACUGUAGCACACUGACUAGGUUUAUUAUUUACAUUUUUCACCUAAUCGCCCGAAUCCAGAAUGUUGUAGUCAUCUAGUGGGCAUAGACCACCAGUUCUAGUCUUUUUACACUUACGGAGGCAAUAACAAGCACUAGGUAGAAAAUGUUCUGCAUUCCUUGUACAUACUGGGGACAGUGUAACUCUCGAAACACUGUGCAGCUGUUGGCUAUGAGUACACAUAUUUUCUAUAACCUGAUAGUCUAGUGUAAACGCUUUUCAACCGCUGUUCAUUAUUCAGCUUUUCCAUACUGCAGGUCAUAACCAAAGCACAGAAAAAAAAAAGAAGGGUACCAAAAAUGGCGUGAGCAACAUGCAUGUACUUUCAGGGGCAUAGGCAGCGCGAGAGGUACAUAAUGUUCAUGGUACGUUCAUCAGGAUGGGCAAUCAUUAAAAACUUGAUGCAAUACAGUGUGCUCAUAACUCUAGGAGUACAUGCCAAUGCUUUGGUGCAGUUGCUGUCAGCUACUUUGGGGUCCAGUGCAGUUUCUUCACCAUAAUGUAUGAAUGUUGCAAUGCAGUCCUGCUGACUUUUUAUUGUUUUUUUCUUUUUGUGUAUGUUUUUAAUGUCUCUGUUAAGCCAGGCAUAAGACCAAAAUGACCUCUGCAACUAGUAACCUAACCUUUCAACCAGAGGGAGCAUAAACCAGAAUAGAGACUGAGGAAAACAAUUCUUAAUUGUGUUAGCUUUUCACCCUUGCCUUCCAGUUUAUUUGUUAGUUACUCCCAAUGAAUUAGUCUAAUGCCAUUGUUUUGAGGCAGUGAAUAAUUCUUGUUUCUGGAGACAUCUCAUUUUCUGUUAUACAAACUGACCAUUUUUUUAAUCUGUUCAUUCCUUCUACUGGUUUCGCUCCACUAUUUUCACAAUAUGCUAUGACAGUUUGUGUCUGCACAGGGAGGAGGUCAAAGUUUGGAGAAACCAUGCGACAGAGUGUGAGAGGGGGUAUAGAUACCAGCAUCGGUCCGCGGAAGAAACCGUGUGUGCCUCACCUUGAAAUGUUGCCCCUCCCCCUUUUUGGGGAGAGGAACCAAUCCCCAGGGGCCUCUGUUUCACAUGAUAAAGAGACCACAAAGCUGUUUUUGGGGAAACCACUCUGGGUACCUGCAUGUUGUCCAAGCCAUUUCCAGGUCUUUGACACUUCUUGGCCUUUCCUUUUGGGAACAAUCAAGCUUCUCCACAAAGUGCAUUUAAGAGUGGGCAUUUCUUCUGGAAAGUUACCUGUGCAUUUACGGAACAUUUGCAACUGCAAAAGGGCAGAUCUGCAUACUCAAUUUAAUCCGGGUACCACCUGGAUGAAUCUUCAUACAUGAAUAAGUGAGAUGCAAAAGUGCAAUUCACCUGCCAAUAUGAUGUGUUACAACAUUUGCAUCAACGUUUCUCUGCACAUGAGAGCAGGGGCGGACUAAAGAGGGGCGGUGACCCCCCCCAUGAAACCAAGGCCGCCCUCGCCACAUCAAAAUGCAAGGUUUUUCACGACCCAUGUCGUCUGGACUUUGUACACAUUUGGUUCAGCGGAAAAAUAGAGGUUCAAUUGCCUUUGUGCAACAGUGAAAUUUGUAAUCUUCAGUAGUCAUUUUUCUUGACUUGAGUCAGUCUUGAAUUGAGCUUCGAAAUUUGGCAGGUCAACCCCACAUCUUCUCGACAGAAAUGAAAAAUCGAUGUCAAACUCUACCUGGACAUCGUGUUUUCUUCAUAUCACGGUUGCAUCAGCAUAUUACUUUGUACUGUUAUUCCGUGGUCUUUUGUAACGUCAUUUCUACAUUUUCUCUUGUCUGGUAAGAGUUGCGAAAUGCAAAUAAAAAUGUUCGCGCUGAAAGGCGUUUGCAAGCAGUCUUGUUGCAUAGUAUACCCUUUUGCUGGUGGCUGCUGGUCCCGCCUGAUAUGAUUUAUGCGUAUAUAUGGUCAGGCCGAACAUUGAGUGUCCCCCCCCCCCAUACGGAAGUGUUAAAUUCGCCCCUGCAUGAAAGGAGGUAAAGUGUGGAGAAACCGUGUGACAUAACACCUGUCCACUCGCAGGACAGAAAUAAGAGGUCGCUCAUAGGUCUCUCUUCAAGAAGAGCUUUACAGGAAAGCAUUGGGCAGUUAUCCCCUUAUUUGGGUGAGGGAGGGGGGGGGGGGGGCAAAGUGUGCAGCCCCUCUCACCUCUUUCCUGGUGAUAGACGCUGCAGAUUGUGUGGGUGUUCAGAGGUUCAUAUUAUGACUUCUGGGGAAAAUCAUGAUGAUCUGUGUAUAAAGGGUGCACAAUUUUCACAAGUGACCUUGAUGCUCAGGGUGGGGGGACGGCCCCCCUCACCCCCGUGAGCACGCUGGGAAAGAGAGAAACUGUAUAGCUGCACAGACAGUUGAUUUACUUGCAUAGCAUAUUGCACCUUUCUUUUGUGCCGAGAUUGCCUUUUAGAGCCGGUUACCCCCAAAGACACGGAACGGUGGAACUCCUGAAUCAAGUCCACUGUGCAGUUGUCUCUCACUUGGGGUACCCUAUACUGUACCCUAUAUUGUACCCUAUGCUGUACUCAACAUGAGGGCAUCUUGAGAUCAGUUCAGCCAUUUCCCCAAAUCUACUGGGAAAGCAAAAGACCUGUCGUCUGCAAGUUCUGUCGCACAACAGUAAGCAUCUUUGCUAGGCAGCUCUCACUCUUUUUGUGAGCAUAUUGUUUUGCAGCUGUCACUUUUUCUUACCAAUAACCAAAGGCAUCGAAAUUGGGACCAGUGCAUUUCCACACGGAAUAAAGGAGCAGUGAAAUUUCUGAAAGUCUCCCAUGAUAAUAGAGUGGAUGUGCAAGUUUUCUUUUCAUGUCUUCGUCUAAGUGGGAAGAAUAGGGAAUUGUGAAUCAUGAUAUCGGUCUUAACAGCAUAUCACCCGCAAAAGCCAGAGGAAUCUGUGCAGAAGUGCAGUUGUUGUAACACAUCACUUAUUCAUUCAUUCAUGGUGGUUCACCGUAUGACUAAGAAUGAAAGGUGAACUACCCCUUCUCCCCAUGGAAGUUCAAAUUGCGGGUGGAUUAAUUUAGUCAGCACUAGUUAUUUGUUAAAAAAAGUAAAACUAAUUUACUUACUUUAUUACUUGCUUAGAAAGCUUAUACAAAUUUAAUUUCUAAUAUCUCAUUAAUUUGAAUUUAAAAUGACUGGAAUAAAUUGAACCUCUGUUUGCAAUAAGGGGAUAAGUCGAAAAGUCCCAAACCGAGAAAAGGGGCCUGAUCUGAUUGUCCGUCCCAUUGACACACGUGCAUUUCCCGUUUCUUACCCUCCUGUAGCGGGCCAAUAAAUUGCAAUGCCGUCCUAAAUUUUCUUUGGCAGGCACGUACUGGUAUGUAGAUAUCAUUGCAGAAAAAAUAGUAAAAAGGGGAUAAGUCGACUUAUCUCCUUAUUGCAUACAGAAGUUCAAUUGCACUCAUUUUACUGCCAUUUGUUUAUAAUAAGAAUGUCUCUUGAGUAAACCUGUAUACAUGCAAGAUUCCAAAACUCAAUGCCAUACUGAACAAGUUUUGCACAUUGUUGGUCAUGCACCUAAUUUUGUUGUAUGUGUUAUAUAGUUUUUUUAUGUGCUGUAUGACAUACAUUUACUAUGCACAAGCCAGGUGUAUGCAUAUGAAAAUAUCCUUUUCAAAUAAAUCCAAGAAGUCACUAUGUUGUUGGUAUGUAUGCUGAAU